UUAUUUUUCAACUAUUUGAAAAUGUUAACCAUUACUACUCUUGUUCUUAAAUUCCCUGCCGUGGUGUCGUCCUAUGAGGCCGCCAGAUUCAUCGUCUUUGAGUUUGAUGUGGACAACACCAUCUUUGGUUUGGAAAGGGAGUUCGUUGUGGCCAGUGCAGCAGCCUCCAUGACUGCAUUGGUGGUGACGGCCUUCAUCAUCUGGUGCGUGUGCGCAGCCAAGUCCAGUCGUCAGAAGGACGGCUUCCAUCGGCUGCGACAGCACCGCGAAGACUACGACGACGAGAUACGGCUCGCCUCCAUGGGCUCCAAGAAGUCUCUGCUCGCCAAUGAGUUUCAGGAUGAGAGUGAAAGCGAUGAGGAGACAUUGUAUGCAAACAAAAUCUGAGAAAGUGUUUAGUCCAGUGCUGAGCUCCCACCAUGCAGCAAAGGAGCAAGCAGAACUCAAGACUGAGCUGCCUCUGUCAGUGUAUUAAAACUGUAAGAUAAUUCUCUUUUUAAACUUCACAUUGAU